CUUCGGUACAUAGGGAGGCUUGGCCUGAUUGGCAUCUUCAAUGUUGACUUGCAUCUCUCCUUACUGCUUUUAUAAUACGCUUGCACGACUGUUUGGAAAGCCGUGGAUUGUUGUAAUUAACGUUUGUGACAUAGUAGUUACAGAUGGCAGGCAGGACAUCGAUGGUAUCGGAGGAACGAACGCUUGCAGUACGCCACUAGUACGCAUUUCCACUCACUUUAGUACCCCCCACUAGUGACGUUUCUCAAGCGUAUAUAAUGCAGACCAAUACUAGGCUAUUCUCUUGACCAGUUCUCCUAUCUUCAAAGUCUGUGUUAAAGAACAUCCUCGGUGACAUCCACGCCUGGGAAGUCAUGGGGCCUUCAUCAGUCUCUCGCAGUAUCACUGCCCUGUUGAUAUCCCGGCUCAAGGUCUUCUAUGGGACCGUUCGCCGGUGUCUACGCUUAAUUUCAGAUAUAUACCCUCCUCCCGCUCUUCCCAUGCAGUAAUCGAGUCUCCUAUCGUUGACGACAGUGAGCUGGGACGCUGUUACGAACCCAUCAUGCUUUUCAAGUCCCUCUAUCCGCCGACCCCUCCUGUUCCAGACAAGAACGUCUACGAACUCUUUUUCAAUGACCCUGAACAGAAUGCGCUCCCAGAUUACACACUGUACGUCGAUGCGGAGAGUGGACGCCAGAUCCGCAGGAGCGAGUUCAAUGAACGAGUACGCGAUGCUGCAACCGCACUAGGUGCGCCGCUGUCUGCAGGUGGACUUGGUCUGAGCGGAGAGAAAGGCGAUAUAGUUGGCAUUUUAAGCUCGAACUGUAUUGACUAUCCUACCCUGGUGCUUGGCUCGUUGACCAUAACAGUCCCAUUCGCCUUAUUGUCGGCAUAUCCAACCCAUUUCGAGCUGGUUCACCUAUUACGCACCUCCAAGUCCACAGUGCUCUUCGUUCACCCUACUUUACUGCGCAAUGCUCUCAAAGCUGCGCAAGAAGUGGGAUUAUCUCACGACAGGAUUUUCAUUCUAGAAGGAGGCAUCCCCGGACGAAAAAGCCUCCAAGACCUGAUCGAUGAUGUGAAACGGCGCAGAACACCAAGAGAACCUGUCAGGCCGGCAACGAAAAAAACGCUUGCGUAUCUAAUGUUCUCUAGUGGAACUACGGGACUGCCCAAAGCCGUCAUGGUCGCUCAUGGAAACAUUUGGUCCACUAUCGUCAGUCAGCUGAUUGCUGGAGCAGAGGACCUCAAGGUCUCUCCCCUGCCGCCGCCGACUUCGCCAGUAGUCGUUCUGGCGGUCCUCCCGUUCUACCAUACAUAUGGCUUAAUAUCCUUCUGCAUGCGCCCAAUGAGUGGAUACGUGACUUGCGUCAUUGUACCUCGGUGGAACGUGGAAGUCGUUGUCAGAGCGAUCGAGAAGCAUAGAAUCGGCCUCUUGCUCCUCGUUCCCUCCAUGGUGCAUCAGCUAGUGCACUCCGGGCUCUUGGAGAAAGCUGACUUGAGUUCUGUCGACCUUAUAUCGACUGGUGGUGCUUAUAUGCCGCCCAAAGUGGCUGAAAGAAUUCAGAAACUCAUUCGUUCGACACCACGGGUCAUGGAGGGUUAUGGUCUGUCAGAAUGCACGCUUUCUGCGUUGCGAAAGCCGGCUCCAGGAGCUCUUGGUGGCAUUCAACCCAUCCUUAACUCAACAGGAAUUCUGCUACCCAGUAUGGAAGCGAAAUUGACACGUGAAGACGGUUCAUGUGUCGAAAUUGGUGAACCCGGUGAACUCUGGUUACGGGGUGAUAAUAUCGCUCUUGGUUAUUUUAACGACGAAAAUGCGACAAAAGAAACGUUCAUCGAUGGGUGGCUGCGGUCAGGCGAUAGGUUCAAAACAGAUGGGAAGGGUACCUUCUUCUUCGUGGAUCGAAUCAAAGAUACGUUGAAGAUAUCCGGCGCUCAAGUUUCUCCGACGGAGAUUGAAGAUGUAUUGCUCGCACAUCCAGGGAAGUUGAUAUCUGAUACAUCUGUCGCCGGUGUAUCUGGAGGCCGAACGGCAGAUGAGCUGCUUCCUAAGGCUUGGGUAGUCCUGAGCGAGGAGGGGCGGAGGAAAGGUGCGGAUGUUGUUCUGAAGGAGCUGGACAUGUGGGCGAAUGAAAAUCUGAGUUCGUAUAAGAGACUGAGAGGUGGAUUGGAAGUGGUAUCUGAGAUACCAAAGUCGCCGACAGGUAAAGUCCUUCGCCGAGUUCUGCAGGAUCGACACGAACAAGCCUUGAAGGCGAAGGUGAAGGCGAAGUUGUGAUCCACAGUGCAUCGCUGCUUGUAUUCACUGGAGUUGUAUCAGCUAUGUAGUAUAUGAAUUGUUUUCAUGCGCCAUUCCAUUAAAUCUUUUGACUUUACCACCCACGUAACCGUCGACGCGUCAGUGUCACUGUCAAUGAGUAGUUUUAGCUUAAAAGCUUACUCUUACUGCUUGUGAUCAA